AAUAUAACUCAUUCUUUAAACCUCACAAAACUUACGAUAGCAGUUAAGUUCUGUAACAUUCCUGCCAAUAUAACCACAUACAAGAAUAAAAAAAUGCAGAAACUCUUCAAAACCAGCCAUGGAUAUCUCUAUCAUUUCCUCAAAAAGAACCCUACAUUUGUCGUACCCAUUUCACAUCUCCACACCUCCACUCAAACCCUUGACUCAGAUUCGAGGGUCGGCUUUAUUUUCAAUGAACUGGAAGAGAUACAAUCCUCAAACCCAAAUGCCAGAUCAUCAUCACAGGCCCAAGAACUGUCCAUUUUUAGUGAAAGAAAUGAAGAAUUGGAAUCAACGGUUCAGAUUUCACAUCCGUGGCCAGAGUGGGUGGACUUGAUGGAAUGUUUGUUGAAAAAAAGGUACUUUGAUGGAGAUGGAAACCCUUUUAACAGUAAAAGUGAUGAGCUGGGUUCGAAGGAAGCAAAUUGCAUUCGUACUGCAUGCCUUAAUUUUGCCCGGGAUCGCUUUAGUCUUAUAAGGUAUUUCUCAAGGAAAAAUAUUCAAAUAAUUGCUGGAUGCGGAUGCCCAAGUAUAGACAGGAAAGUUGUAAACUCAGGGAAGCGUCUAAGGGCACAUGUGGGCAUUGACGAAGGAAAUGUUUGCAGCUCCUGCAACUUGAGGGGAAACUGUGAGAGGGCAUAUGUUAAGGCACGUGAAGAUGAAGGUGGACGAACAGUGGAUGUUAUGCGUAUUUUGUUAACAUAUGGGCUUGAUCCCAUUACUGGUACCGUGGAGAACAAGCCAUGUCUAAACAAAUUGGUUAAAGAAGCAGUGAGAAGGCUGCUGAAAGAAAUGGUGGAGUGUAGCACCAAGGAACCUGACUCCAAGCUCUCAAGUGAUGGACCCUUGAAAGAGAGGGGACCAGUUCAAGAUCAUUUAAGUCCACAAGGAAGCCACAUAAAUGUUCCAAUGAAGCAAGGAGAUUGGCGUUGCCCCACAUGUAACUUCCUAAAUUUUGCAAGAAAUAUUAGGUGCUUGCGCUGUGAUGGUUUAUUUCUGGAUAGACUUAGGCAACUGAGGGAGGAUCAGGAUCACCUUCCACUGAAGAAGGGGGACUGGAUUUGUGAUAAAUGUAAUUUCUUGAACUUUGCAAAGAAUACAAGAUGCCUGCAAUGCAAAGAAAAUCCACCAAAGCGGAAACUCAAUCCCGGGGAGUGGGAAUGUGAAUCGUGCAACUAUAUCAAUUUCAGAAGAAACAUGGUUUGCUUGAAAUGUGAUCAUAGACGACUAAAAUCAUCUACUGCACCCAACACUUCUGCUCAAUCACAAUAUGGAAAUGGAGGCUAUCAGAAUCGUGGUGGAUUAAAGGGUAUAAAUGAUAAAAAUGAACUGAAUUACCAUAAUCAAGUUGGGCAAGAUAGACAAAGUCAAAACAUAGGUGCAGAUAUGUGGAGAUUUGUGGAGGAAGAGAGUGAAGACGAUGAUCAAUCAAAUUCUAGAUUUGUUGAUUUUCCCAUUGCAGGAGGUAAGAGUGAAUUGUCUCGGAAUCCAAAAAUCAGAGAAAAAUGGAAGCUUGAGAUAUUGGAAAGGAAAAGAGGGACAGUGAGUAGUACAAGAGAAAAUGACGAUUCUAAUGCUACUUUUAGCCAGAGAAGGUCGGACUUCAUUGAAUCUACUGAUGACGAAGACAUGGCUGGAUGGUUUGGGCAUAAAUAAAAGACAGAAACCGAAUGAUCAAUCUGUAAUGAAAAUUAUCCAGAUUGGCUAAAAAGAAAUGCAUUUAUUGUCAAAAACAUAGCAGUUUAUAGCGAUGGUUUGAUUAAAUUUACUGGUCCCAAGUUACUAUUUGUCUUUGCAAAUCAAGCUUCGUUGGCUCUCUGCUGUCAUGAACAAACCACAGAGAAAUGAAAGCUCACCAUGUUAACACCCAGUUGCUUCUCAUUGCAACUUGAAUACUGUCACUGUAUACACCAGUUUGUACAAGACACGAAUCUUAAAAGUAAAUUCUUGGAUGAAAUUAUAGCUUGAAAAUCUCAGUCAGAUUUUAAUUCCUUCGAUGCGUCUG